AAAUAACCCUGCCUGCCAUGCACAUCAACAAGUGGGCGAUCCUGAAAUAACGAGGCAAGUGGGGUUGAAGGCUUCCCCCGGAGCGUCCUGCGCCACGGAAAAACCAUUGCGAAGCUUGGAAGGCGCUCAAGAGGGAGCGACAGAGAUUUGGGGAGGGGGGGGUCUUAUUCGCUUGCAAGCAGCCGGCUCAGCCCUCUGGAGCUGCAUUGGCCGGUCCCAAAAAGACAGGAGGUGGAGGGGGGGAAGAAACCCCCGCCGAGGGCGUGAAAAGCGCCGGCUUCCCUCCUGCGCACUCUCAUUCGCAGCCGUGGCUGGCUGGCUCCCCUCGCGCGCCCGCCGCUGACUGGCUGCGCGGGCCGCUUUCCCUGCGCUUUGCCCGCCAAGGUUCCGCGGACAGCCGGUGCCGCCGCCGCCGUCGCCGGGUUCGUCGCUGCCCCGCGAGCCACGGCUGCCAACGCCGCCCAGCUUUUCAACCCACCGCCUUCUGGUUGCUGCGCCCCGAGGUCAGGUGCCUGCGCUUCUCUUGCUUCCCACCGGUUGGAUUCCUUCCCGGGCAGCUGGCUGGGUUCACACGACCCGCGGACCCAGCCUGCCAGAAAAUGUCUGAGUCAAUUUGGUUACAGAGAACAGCAGGAAAUUAGACUAAGGCCCCGUGGGCCUCUGGGUGUGUCUCCUGUGCUUCUGCUCCUCAAAUCAGAACUGCUGAGUAUUUCAAGUAACAAGAUGAUGACUCUAUGGCCUUGGUCUCAUGAUCUUUAACAGGCUUCCAGAAAGAGCCUUACAGAUGCUGUGAAACUCAGCUUCGAGUGUCUGCGAAACAUUUGCACGUGGACUUGCUGUACCAAGGCUUCAGGGAGAGACUCAGCGAGGCGCCAUGUUCCCUGAGGUGGCUCUGUGGCUGCUGGUGGGCAUCUCUGCAGUCGCUGGAGGGGGUCCUGGAGGAGGUUAUGCGCAGAUGAAAUAUAUGCAGCCGGUGGUGAAAGGGCCCCUCGGCCCUCCCUUCCGAGAAGGUAAAGGCCAGUACGUAGAUAUGCCUCCACUGCUGCCGAUGGACCUCAAGGGGGAACCUGGACCACAGGGAAAGCCGGGCCCAAGAGGACCACCUGGGCCGCCCGGCUAUCCGGGGAAACCAGGCACUGGGAAACCAGGACUUCAUGGGCAACCUGGCCCUGCUGGGCCCCCUGGCUUUUCCGGCAUCGGCAAACCUGGUCUUCCGGGACUUCCAGGCAAGGCUGGCAUGAAGGGGAUGCCAGGGCCGGCAGGGGAGAUCGGCCCACGAGGAGACCAAGGACAGCGGGGCUGGCCAGGGCCACCGGGAUUGCCUGGGCCUGCUGGACUCUCUGUGAAUGGAAAACCAGGCCCAAAUGGGAGCCCGGGGCUCCCUGGAUUUCGAGGAGAACCUGGGCCAAAAGGAGAACCCGGCCUGCGAGGCGAGCGUGGAGCAAAGGGCGAGAAUGGCGUGGGAAAGCCCGGACUGACAGGCCCCCGAGGGAAUGGGGGACCGCCUGGCCCUGCGGGGCCCCCAGGGCCUUCUGGCCUUGGAAAACCUGGCCUGGAUGGGUUGCCCGGGGCUCCGGGGAACAAAGGGGACUUGGGGCUUCCGGGUGAGCCAGGGCUCAGUGGGCAACCUGGGCCUAUGGGCCCUCGUGGCCCUCCAGGUGUGGAUGGCACUGGACUGCCUGGCAUAGCUGGCAUGCCGGGUCUGCCAGGCCAUUUGGGGCCCAAGGGCGAACCUGGCCUGCGUGGCCUUCCAGGGCUGCCUGGCGCUACAGGGUAUGGGAAACCAGGGCUCCCUGGCUUAAAGGGGGACCGUGGGCAACCGGGAGUGCCAGGAAUAAUCGGUGACAAAGGGGAGCCUGGGAUGGAUGGAGAGCCAGGGGAGAUGGGGCCCCAUGGGCUGGUUGGGGUCCCUGGCCCUCAGGGCGUCAUGGGUUUGCCGGGCAAGCAUGGGCUCCCGGGCGCAAAAGGUGAAGUAGGGCCAAGUGGGCCUAUAGGACCCCCAGGUCUGCGGGGAGACCAGGGGCCCAGUGGUUUUGCGGGCAAGCCGGGGAUUCCUGGGGAGAGAGGGCUCCCCGGUGCCACAGGGAUGCCUGGCCCAAUGGGUCCCAAGGGGGAAGGUGGCUUCAUGGGACUUCCCGGGGCCCCAGGCUCUUCUGGACUCCAUGGGACCAAGGGAGACGCUGGGAUCCCAGGCCAGCCAGGCCUCAGAGGCCCUUCAGGAAUACCAGGUUUGCAAGGCCCCUCGGGUCCCAUGGGCCCCCAAGGUUUGACAGGCUUGAAAGGUGAACCUGGGCCCCCGGGGGCCCCUGGAAUCAGCAGAGUUGGAGAGCCAGGCAUGAUAGGCCCCGCUGGCCCUCCAGGUGUUCCUGGCAACCCUGGAAUCACUGGGCUCCCAGGAGCCCCAGGGCCACCGGGUCCGCCUGGGGUCCCAGGAAUGUCGCCUGAUUUUGAGGGCCACCAUUUGCCCGACGGAAAUGUUGAUGGAGCAGUGUUGGGGAACGGCAAGUCAGGGAAACCCCAGUUCGGCCGAGGGGAACUCUCUGCCCAAAUGUUGCCAGCUUUCACCGCCAUUCUGAGCUCGCCCUUCCCAGCCUCAGGAAUGCCCGUCAAAUUUGACAGGACUUUGUACAACGGGCAGAACGGCUAUAACCCAGGAACAGGCAUCUUCACGUGCCCCAUUUCUGGCAUCUAUUACUUCGCCUAUCACGUCCAUGUGAAAGGAACCAAUGUCUGGGUGGCCCUUUACAAAAACAACGUGCCAGCCACCUACACUUACGACGAGUACAAAAAAGGGUAUUUAGACCAAGCGUCGGGCAGCGCCGUGCUUGAACUCAAGGAAAACGACCAAGUCUGGAUUCAGAUGCCCUCAGACCAAGCCAACGGUCUUUACUCCACCGAAUACAUCCAUUCUUCUUUUUCCGGAUUCCUUCUCUGCCCCACAUAACGGCCGUUUGGGAGUUGCCCUUUUCUCCCUUUGAGUCAUAAACUUGUCUUUUUUUUUAAAAACAAAAAAAAUAUAUAGGAAAGUCACUGGGAAGGAUGUGUGAGCUACGAUCGCUUUGACCCAGCCAAGGAGAGCAUUCGAGAAAGAGAAGCAUUGUUGCUGGACCGCCUGGGGAUUCGGAAUUUGAUUUAGCCUUAUGACGGCAUGGCCUGGCAAGCCCACCGAUGCUGCCCGUCACAUCUUUGGGGGCCCUUGAAAGUCCGAAAGGGUUGGGGAACCUGUGCCAACAAAAGUCACUUUUAACGUUGUGGGGUUUGGGUUUUUUUUUUUUAAAAAAAAAUCAGCUUAAGGCACCACCUUUCUUUGUUUAGCUCUUUUAAAAUGUGAUUUCGGUCGACGCCUGAGGCAUAACGAAGACCCAGAAGGGUGAAUUCUGAAAUGGUGAAAUGCUUUGCUUUGAGCAUCUUUUACGCAAGGCUCUGUGUAUCUUUAAAGCAUCCCGUUCGGUGUUUGUGAGAAAAGGGAUGACAAAGGAACUCUUCAUUUCAAAGCCAUACAGAGAGACUUCCGAAAUCAACUGGAAAAAGCCAGACUCCGUAAAUCAUGCGUUUAAAUAGCCCAGGGUUAUAUAAACCAGUCAAAUGUCCAUCAGGUGCAAGGCAAUAGUUUAAAGAAAUAAAUAUACUUCUAUGAAUAUCUGAGUAUUAAAUCACUGCAGAUAUUGCUAAUUUUAUACAUAUAUAUAUAGAUAGAUAUAUAAAAGACUGAAUUGUGUUGUUCAAACACCUUGUUUCCGUGUUUCCUCAGGAUCUGCAGACUGUUGACGAAGGUGGCCGUACCAAACUCCAUACAAUAUUUGAUAUCUCUUCUUUAAGUAACAUUCCUGAUUUCCCUUCAGUGUAAUUUCCACAAUGGUGCUAAGUAAUAUUUUCUUAAUAUUAGCUCCUUUAAAAGACAUUUCGAGUAGUGCAAUAUUUUUUUUAAAAAAAGAAAGAAACAGAAAAGUUUGGGAUUCGGGUUUUUGCAGUUUUUUUUUAAAUAGCCAUUUGUACCCCUUACAUACAAAAAAGAGGUUUCUGUCAUCCGAAGAAAUAAUAGCACAUGAAAAAUAUGCUAAGGAUUCCUUUUCUGCAUAAAUUGUGGAGAACAUAGAUGGAUUUAAUUAACUAUUCUUUUUAUAGAUCAUGAAAUGGCUAAAGCAGCUUAGUAUGUUUUUUUCAAAUUUAUUGUAAACAUAUAUACAUUCAAACAACUCAACUAGAACAACAAUUGCAAUCAACACUUUGUGACAAAGAUUCUAGGUUGACACGAGUGAAAAACUCCACACUGUAAAAAGGGCAGCAAAAGAAAACUGCUGGGGAAAAAAAUAUUUGGGUCAUCUGUUAUUACAAAUAUUCUACCAACUGCCUUUUUGUUUCCUUCCUUUAAAAAAAAUGUGAUCUGAUUUGUCUGAUUUAAGUACAACAAAAGAACAGGCUAAUGAUUCUAAUUCCAUCUGGUGGUUUUCUAAAUUCCUGAAGAUGACAGUAAUCCUAAUGGCACACUCGCAAAAUAUUUUUUUAUUUUCACCUUGGUUUCCCGCAGGCUAAAAUUGAAGGAGCCAUGGGAGGGCACAUUUUCUGUGUGCCUGAUACUCAAAAGGCCAAUUUUAGAGGCUCGUGUUCUUGUUUCAAGUGUAUUUUCCUGUGGAGAACAGCCUUUUGGUCCUACUCAUCACGCUAUUCGUUCAGAGAAAAUACGUUAUCAUUUAGCAAAAUUUGGAGUGGGGGAAAAAAAUUGAACUAUUCUAAGAGAGA